GACAGUAUAAAUGUUGGUCCCACUCAAGCGACCUCAGCCGACCUCGCACAGUCCAUCGUUAUUGUCCAACGAUUGAAGCAGAGACAACUCCUAGACCGGAACCAUGAAGAUAAUUGUCGCCCUUGCUCUUCUGGCUGUCGCUGUCCUUGCAUACGAAUGCCCUCCUGACCCCACCCAGGGCAUCGACUGCUUUGAGACGGAGCCUGGCAAGGUGUUCUGCAUGACUGACGGCAGCCUGGUGUGUGGAGUGUGUGGCAAGAGACUGGCUUACUGUCUUGGGAUGAUGGAGGGUCUGCUCAUCCUGGAGUCCAUUGAUCCUAGUGUGUGUGAAGGCGCCACCGCCCCGGAGUGUGAGCAGGGCAUCAGUGGCCCAAAGAUCAAAGGUUGAUGCAGCGGCAACUACCCGGGUACCGCCAACAGCAACAGUCGGGACUACCUUGGUACCGCCAACAGCAACAGUCGGAUGCCAUGAUUAAUUAACUCAGAGUGCAUGGCUGUGGAGGUUGUUGUCGGUAUUCUGAGUGCGCAAUGGAAAAUAAAGAUAUAUAGUCAGA